GAGGAAACAGUAAAGGCAUCAGCUAAAGUCUUGUUGUCAGCGGGACACACACAGUUCCAUAUUACACUCACAACUCACAGCAAGUAUGUUUUCAUUUUGGAGAAACCUUAAAAUACUUCGCUCUGUUACAUACAGUGGGACUACAGCAGACGUCUUUUCCUUACGGACACGUCCAUUUUUGGAGCUGUGUAGCGACAAACGAGGUCUUUCCAUAACCCCCAACAGAAAGACUUCAGGGAACCGCUACAAUGUCCCACCGAGCGCCGAGUUUGUUGCGAGGGUGUCGGGGAUCCCCACCAUGGCCAAGUUACCUUACCAGGAGACAGCGGACGGGCUGGACGCGGCGUUCAUCGGGGUCCCCAUUGAUACCGGGACCUCCAACCGGCCUGGAGCAAGGUUUGGUCCCAGGCAGAUCAGAGUCGAAUCUGCCAUGUUGAGAUCCUACAACAGUGGCACCAGGGCAGCACCGUAUGAGUCUGUCAUGGUGGCUGAUAUUGGGGACGUUAAUGUGAAUGUGUAUGACCUGAAGGACACCUGCAAACGCAUCAGGGAGGCCUACAGAAAGGUCCUGGCUACUGGUUGUAUUCCUCUGACUAUGGGUGGUGAUCACACAAUUGCAUAUCCAAUCCUACAAGCUGUUGCAGAGAAGCAUGGCCCAGUGGGUCUGGUCCAUGUGGAUGCUCAUGCUGACACCAGUGAUGUGGUUUUGGGGGAGAAGAUUGGACAUGGGACUCCAUUCAGACGUUGUGUGGAGGAGGGGCUACUGGACUGCAAGAGAGUGGUUCAGAUCGGCCUGCGUGGUACUGGCUACUCUCCAGAUUCAUACGAAUGGAGCCGGGCACAGGGUUUCCGAGUGGUACAAGCAGAAGAGUGCUGGUUCAAAUCUCUUGCACCUCUGAUGGCAGAGGUCAGGGCUCAGAUGGGCAGCGGUCCAGUAUAUCUCAGUUUCGACAUCGACGCUCUUGACCCGGGCUUUGCUCCUGGAACAGGCACACCAGAGAUAGCCGGGCUAACUCCCAUACAGGGAGUUGAGAUUGUUCGGGGCUGUCGAGGGUUAAACCUUGUUGGAUGUGAUCUAGUGGAGGUGUCUCCAGCUUAUGACACCACAGGCAACACUGCGCUGACUGGUGCCAACCUCCUUUUUGAAAUGCUGUGUGUCCUACCAAAAAUUAAAUACUACUGAUCAGUAAAGACUGACAGUUUACAAUGAAAACAGAUAGCUGAAUGCUGAAUGAGCAGGCUAAGAAAGGCAAAUUAUCUCAAUGAACAUACUGUAUUGUAAAAAUAGUCAGACUGGAUAAUAUUGCCAAAAUCUUAUAUUACUAUAUAGGUAAUUUCA